CCAUAUUCUCUGCAUUUCUCUGUGUCGAAGGACGUCCGAAAUUUUCAGGCGACAUUCUCAGUUUCUCAGAGUUAACUUUUCAGGUAAUAAGAAAUGGACUUUGUUAGCGAAAUAGGAGAACUCCGGGGUAACCAGGGUAUGGAAGGGGAAGGGAACGUGAUAACCGUAGAACCCAUUACCAUGAUUGUACCACCUGAACUGCAAGACGUGCCGGAAACCCCUACGCCGGAGAGGAGUGCCAGUUCAGGCGCGCGCGAGGGUUCUAGUGCUAACCCCACUCCGUCAUCUGAAGGGUCGUCAUCAGAAAACACUGCCAGUACAAGUAGCCCCUCGCCGGAAAGUAUGGAGGUGGCUGUAAAUGUGCCUCCGGUUGCAGGUUGGGAAAAUAAAACCAUAGGUGGUAGGUUGAGCAACCUUCGCAAAGCGCCAAAUACGCUGACGGCCGGAUUUCGGUUUAGGGUGAACCUGCAUCAUGAGGUAGCAGACUGCCCUACCUCCAUUAAAGGGUAUAAGAGACUGGAGGAAGUGGUGAGACAGUACCACGUUCCUAGGACAGUUUUGUUACGAACAGGGACCAAAAAUGAAAGGGCCUGCAGUGUGUCAGCAACAGGGUGGAUACCUGUAUAUGUGGAUCAUUUCGACGCUGGCCUGAGAUUCCCAUUAUCCGGGUUGAUUUAUGAUAUUCUGUCAGAGUACGAGCUGGCGCUCACACAGUUGACUCCCAACAGUAUAAAAUUUAUUGUAGGUUUUAUGCUGCUGUGUGCAAGGUUGCAGAUACCUGCGAAGGCCAUUGUUUUCAGAUCGCUAUUUUUGUGCCGGCUGAGUACUACACAGACGAGGUGGUACUACAUUUCUGGGCGAGAGAAAAUGGUGGUCUUUAAGAACAUGAGGAAUAAGGUGUCUCGUUGGAAGAGACAAUUUAUCUUUGUCCGGGAUACGCGAGUAAAGAGGGUUAGCACGGAUCUGGCAGCUCGUCUUUCUGAGUGGCGCCCUGGGCACGCGUACAUGAACUACCCCACAUUAACCCCUGGCGACCUGGAGCUUAGGGAUAAGAUCACCAAUUAUGUGAAGGGAGGGGGGUUAGUUGAUUUGGAAGCCCUGGUUACCCCCGAGCUGCUCGCUAUGCGUGGGUUUGUGGAUAUCACAAACCUGUUUAGUGAAGGAGAGAUGAGUAGCAUGCUUGAGAGACAACGGGAGCGAGCUCAGCGCUCUCGAGGCAGGGGAACUGGGUCUAGCGCGAGGAGGCAAACGCGCUUUGACGAGCUGCCGCUUGCAGCACCCCGCAGCUCGGCACAGAGGGAACAGGCUUCCAGCUCGAUCUCGCGGCCACAGGCCGAGCGUAGGGUAGAACCCGCUCCUGCUGAUAUACGGAGGCGUGGUCGCGAAGAAUCCGAUGCUGAAGAUGACGUACCACUAACUCGGCGCAGGUUGGAUGCUGGGAGACAACCUGGAGUGGUGCGCUCACCUGAGGCGCCUGCGGUCCAGGCGCGUAGCGCGGCUGAGGCGCUUCCACCACCAGUAGCUAGUGGGGGGCCCAGAAUCACAUACCCUGAGGGUUUUAGCUACACCAAACCUGAUUGUCAGCUCGCGAUGGUCCAGGUAAAACUGACUGCAGACAUGUUGCAGGCGCUAAGCUAUUCUGUAGCUUUAUUCGAGAGCGAGCAGGCAGCUCGAAUACAGAAUAGAGAGCUAGUUGACAAUUGCAAGCGGCUGUCCUCAGACAAGGCGAGCUUGGAGGACGAGGUGAACCGUUUGCAAAGCUCAGAGAUGGCCAACAGGGCUGCAUCAGCCGAAAGCCGGGCUGACGAGCUGGCCAACAAGGUCAUCCAGCUGCAGGAGGAGCUGGAUAAGGUGAAAGCUGAGAAGGAGAGCGGGAUUCAAGCGGCCAUGGAUGAGGUCGUUCGCGCAGUGGAUCUCAGGAAGAAGGUGGAAGCUGAGAGAGAUGGCGCGCUGAACGAUCUCAACGCCCUGAGGGGGCGGGUUGCUGUGGCCGACCAGGAUCUUGGUCGCGCAGAGGAAUCCUUGAGGCAGGUCAAAGCUCAACACCAGCACUGUAUUAGCAUCGCGCGAGCUCAAGGCGCGGAAUGGCUGGUAGGUGCUGACAUGUUCCAGGACGCCGUAGCUGUGGCGUCCAUGAACACCACGACUGAGAUCUACAAUGACGUUCGUGGUAAGGUGUUGAAGCUUCGGCCGGACUUCCCGAUCAACGAGCUCGCGUUUUUUGAAGGUGAAGAGUUCGACGCAGAGGGGAAGAGCCUUACUGAACCUUCGGACACGACAGUGAGGCUCCGGUGGGAGCUAAACGAAGAAGGAUUGCCAACAUGGCCACCGUCUGUCCUCGAAGAAGGAAAGGAGUUUGAGAACCUGCCAAGGUUCGACACCUGGGCUGGUGACGCUCCUGUAGAAGAAGCUGAACCUUCAAGUACUCCUCCUGUGCCUCAGCCCGUCUCUGCUGUCACCUCCAUCCCAGCUCGUGCUGACGCGUCCGCUCCCGUGGACUUAACGGACGAUUAGACUUAGGCUUUUUCUGUUUCUUAUACUUUUGUAUUUUCAAUAUUUCUUUGUUGGUAACACAUUUUGUAGUUUCAUGGACACCUCAUGUAAUGAAUUUGCAAAGAAUACAAUUGAAACGAAUUU